AUGUCGUUUGCAUGGUGUGCCCUCACAAAGCAGGUGUCUUGCGCACAAUGGCCAUCCGACAUGUCAAAAAGCACAUUGCCCAGAGCAUGUAUCAAUGGUUCUCUGAAAGCCGGGGCCCCCAUCUUCGCCUCAACAAACACCAAACCCACUGUGUCUCCCCACGAUUCCAACAACCCAUACAUGGAUGCAGACAUGCCUGAUGUAGACAUGGAGGUCCCACUAUCUGAGCUUUUGAAUCAUAUCGCAGGUGAUCGGACACCUGAGUUCGACAGAGUGCAUCUGGACCUAUUUGCCAAGCUCCAAGCAAGUCUUACCUGUGGGGAAAUUCCUUUUUCAACACCUCUCGCCCCCAUAAAUGACAAGCGUGAGCUCUUCGACGAUUGUACGCCUGAUUUCAGCAUUGAAGUUCCUGAUGAUGGCAAGUACGAUACAACAGGCUCCGAUGUUAUUGCCUCUCAAGAUAGUCCAACAUACCCAUGGACGUCCAAAGCAUUCUCCCGCCACCCAUUUUCUGAUGGACAGAAAAAGGCCAUCAUCAAUUGGGCUAGAGAGCUCAGUGCUCGGGAUGUUCCCUCAUUUGGCGCUGUCAAGAAAGUCCAGAAACACAUCGACCGUCUCAUUGGUGAUCCAACCAAGAAGGUCUUGGCUCGCUCGGGGGACAUCAACAAUAUUGCAGAAUCAAUUGCUAGGGACUAUGCAAACCCGCUCACAUGA